CCAUCCAUGCUCAGUCGUUUUCCUAUGUGGAGGCUGCAAGAUGGCUCUCAACAUGCGUCUUUUCCUGCCCACUCUGCUUUUGAUUGCAGCUCACGUCAUUCUCAGCAGCCUUGCUCAAGAGACGGAUGUGUCUGAAGCAUGGACCAGCAAGUCAUGCAAAUGCAACUGUGAAGAAGGUGUGUCACCAACUCAGUACUCCUUCACUGGCUCCUCUUCAGUGAGAGGAGUGGACUGCAUACCAGAGUGUCCGUACCACAAGCCUUUAGGCUUCGAGGCUGGAUCGGUGAGUCCGGACCAGAUCACCUGCUCCAAUGAGGACCAGUAUAGCGGAUGGUUCUCCUCUUGGCUCCCAAGCAAGGCUCGUCUCAACAGCCAAGGAUUUGGCUGUGCGUGGCUCUCCAAGUUCCAAGACAACAGCCAGUGGUUGCAGAUUGACCUGAGAGAGGCCAUGGUGGUCUCCGGGAUCCUCACCCAAGGUCGCUGCGACGUCGACGAAUGGGUGACCAAGUACAGUGUGCAGUACCGAACGGACGAAAAACUCAACUGGAUCUUUUACAAGGACCAGACUGGAAAUAACAGGGUGUUUUAUGGAAACUCGGACCGCUCCUCGUCAGUGCAGAACCUCCUGCGGCCGCCCAUCGUGGCGCGCUACAUCCGCAUCCUCCCCCUGGGAUGGCACACACGCAUCGCGCUACGUCUGGAGCUGCUGCUCUGCAUGAACAAAUGUGCCUGAGCCUCCACUUGUGCGCUCCUCCAAGCCUUUACCUCCAACCCCCUCUAUCCAAACCCUCUCAGCGUAUGUGUUUAUUUUCAACCUUUCCAUCAUAGUUGUGUAGCAGUCAUUCCAGGAUUGGAGGACAAUGUAGGCACCAAUAAUUUGGAAUACCAAUCUAUCAAUCAUUCUAUCUAUCAUUCGAUUUAUCGAUCCAUCUAUCUCGAUCUAUAUAUCUAGUCUAUUAUUGUUUUAUUUGUUUAUUUAUUUUCAAGAAAAAAUAUUAAGAAAUCACCAUAUGAUUUUAUUAUCCUCCGGCUAGACUCGCAAAAGUAAGAUUUUAAUUAGAUACUUCAUUUGCCAUAUUUUUUUAUUUUAUUUUUUGUUGAAGACAGGCACUUUUUUAAUUUAUGAUAAUUACAGUAACAGGGUUGAAAUCAAUACAAAUGCUGUUUUUCGCUUAAGAGUACAUUCUAACUGUAUGAUUUAAUAUGCUAACUGUUGAAGACCAGCAAUUAGCUUAUCGAUGGUCAGAGAAAUUCGCUUGAAGUCAUUUCUGCUGAUGAUUUUGAUGGUGAAAAAUAUUUUACUAAGAUGUUUGUGUGCUGAGAGAAAAAACAGAGAGCAUUAAUUGCAAUUAUUUAAAAUGUGUUUAAAAUACUUUAACAGUUACAUACAAGAUAAAAUCACACCAAAAAUAUAUUUUAUUCGAUAUUUAUGUGAGACGAAGGGAAUGGAAUAUGUAAAGCCAUUUCAAGGGGUGUUCAUGAGAUAUCUUUGGUUUUCUCGUCAAAUUCUGAAAUGUCCUUCAAUUCUGGAAUGUCCCAUGAAUAGGCUAAAAUACUGUUUCAAAAGGUUUGCUUAGACUUGAUUGAAUAUAAUGUUUGAUAUGCAAAUGAACUCUCCAUUGUGUUUGUUUAAACCAGUCGUCAUGACACUGACUACAUUAAUUUUUCUUGGUAGCCAAUUGUUGCAUUUGCACUGAAAGAGCAUAAAUUCAAAGCAGUAAUUAAUAGUGGCGCAGGAGAGAGCGCGUUGCUAUGGCGGGAAUAUGCAUACAAACAAACCAAUCCCGAACACGUGUGACAGCUCGAUGAAACGCUCGCUGCCUCUUUUGACGUGAGGUGGUCAGAAGGGAAUUCUACAGCUCUUACCAAGCCUCUCCUUACCAGCCUCUAAGGAAAAGGCAGGCAGAUGAUAACUUGAAUAUUAUCUUUUGUGGGUAAUGACAAAAAAAAAAACCCAACCCGAGUUGUGUUACUAGUAUAGCUUGUCACAAGGUUACAAGGUCAUAGUUUUGUGACUAUAAAUGCUACCGAUUCUGAUUUUAUCCAAAAAGAUAAUUAUAUCUUUAAGAUAAUAAUAAGAAUUUCUUAUUACUGUGAAUUUUAAACAUUUGAUUUUCACAGAUCCAAUUUUGAUUUUGUUUGCGGGGGGAUCAUUGUAUAAAAAAAUGCAACAUUUGUUAAUGAUUAAACAAACAAACAAACAAACAAACAAACAAACAAACAAACAACUAAUUAAAAUUCAUCUGAUACAUACGUAUAUAUAUCUUGUGGUCGUUUUGUCAGACUGUAAAACCAUCUGUUAAAAUCUAAUUCAGAUGUCAUCGAUAUCUUGUAUUUUGGUGCCAUCAAGUUUUAUGAUUUUUUCUCAUGUUAAAAUAAUUCCGUUUAGGAUAUUGAUAAUUCAAAAAAAUAGAAGCCAAGUGGAAUGUUUGAUGUCAAAUAUAGCCUACUCCCAUAUGACUCCCAUUUCUUUUGUUGAAUUUUAAUGUAAAGCAUGACCCUACUCUAUUUAUUUGUUAAAUAUUCUGUUCAAAAUGUAUGUCUCGUAGCUUUGCCCCACAACGGAUUUUAUU